GCCGGCCUCGGGGCGGGUUUUCGGCGGGAUGGCUGGGAGGGCGGGCGCAGCCAUGGCGCUUGUGCUUCUCGCGCUGCGCGUCCUGUUGGGCGGCUUCUUCGUGCUCACCGGGGCAGCCAAGCUCUGCCAGCUCUCGGCUCCGGAGUCCGAGCAGAUGAAAGCCCUGUUCCUGCAGUUUGCCGAAGUGUUUCCCUUGAAGUUGUUCGGCUACCAGCCCGAUCCCAUGAACUACCAAACAACUGUGGGCUGGCUGGAGCUGUUGGCUGGUUUGCUGCUGGCUGUGGGCUCACCGAUGCUUCAAGAGAUCAGUAACUUGUUCUUGACCCUGCUCAUGAUGGGAGCUAUCUUCACUUUGGCAUCUCUGAAAGAGUCUCUGAGCACCUGCACUCCAGCCAUCAUCUGCCUGGGACUUCUGAGGCUGCUGGAUAUCUGCCAGGUCUUAGCCCAAACUAAAAAGGUGAACAAAUACCGUAGGAAGAAGAUUCCAAGUGUGUUUAAGAAACCCUGGGAACAGAGAGUCUCUUCCUGCCAGCUGUAAUAAUACCAGGAACAUGCUGGAACAUACAGAGCCUACCAUCUUAUUACCAGUUUGUCCCUGGCCAUCCAGUGUUGAAAGAAACAUAUGGUCUACCUGGCCCUGAUUUCUGUCUGUAACCAUGCUGCUGUGUUUUGGGGGGUUCACAUUAUACACAUUAAUAACCUUUAUGUCAUGAAAAUAGAUAAUAAUUAGAAAAAAUCUGAGUCACCCAAAAUUCAAAUACCCCAAAAUAACCACUUUUCAUGCCUUGGUGUAACUGUACCUCUCAACCUUUCCUAUGGCUUUUUACAAAUACAUAUUUUUAAAUGAAAA